AUGUACUAUCAACACCUUCCGAACAGAUUGCUCUUCAUUUUACUUUGCCUUGCAUCAAGCCCCCGUCUCAGAGCUUCCGAGAUAGUAACUGGAGGAUCCUGCUGGUUUUUCAUUGAAAUUUUUCUCUAUAGCUUGGCUGAAGUGCGUUUCCGACGCGAACAACAAUUAUCAUCAACAACCGCUUUUUUACCCACUUCGGCUAAUUCUAUCAUUACUCCUCUUGAGCAUCAUCAUGCCUAUCCGAAAUAUUCACCACCACUCUCGCCUCCCUUCGAUUCGCGGUCUGGUGCUGGUUUUCAGGCUAUUCCGCGAGGAUCAAGCCUUGCUUCGAAUGUGCCUAGUCAGCUUGGUGCUACGGAAUCAAUAUCUUCGUGCAGUCUACUCACCAACCUUCAUGCCUUUAUUCGUUGUCUCACUACUUUGGCUGUCUCCGAGCCUCUUGCGGCUGCAACCAACAGUCAUUUAACCAAUUCCACUUUCAUCUCAAUAAUGUCUUCGAAUUGCUUGUCUACACCUCGCGAGGCCGAUUCUUCUACACCUUCCUCUCUUCCCCCAGGCAUGUUUUCCGCUGAACCCUUAGCUCCUCGGCAUCAAUAUAGCCCUCUCAAUGCGCUUUCGCAUCUUGGCAUUCAGACCUGCCAGCAUCAACAAGCUGGCAGCUCUUUUAGACGCAAUCCACCCACAGUUUCGCCUAUAUCAAACCAUUUUCCAGCCUGGCUCCGUAAGCCUCGCGAUGAACACUGUUCGUCUGCAUCUUUGACAGCUGGUUCCUCAUCUGGCCAGACUGAUUCACUUAGUUUUAUUAGCACCACUACCAGCAAUAGUAGCAGCAGCAGUACGGGUACCAAUAGCCCUUGUACCACUACUCCUAGUGCAGUAAAUGCCUUUGCAGGGGCGACUUCACUUGCUGGCGGUAUCUAUGAGCUGCCCUGCACUUGCUCAUCUACUAAUGGUAUCAACAAGGAGACGGGCACUUUGGAGGCACUAGCUGGCUUCUAUUCUUCCAAAUUCAUCAAUGAUACACUUGCCUUUUUUCUUCUUGAUUUGCUUGGCCUGAUGGAGAAAGGUCUUGUACUACAACAUAUCGCUGAAUAUUGUCGAGCCGUUAAUGCGCAGAUUGCCUUACUAUCUACUCCUCUAUUAUCCUGUACUCUCCCUAAUUGUCACUCCCCGACCGACGAAUCGCAUCAUCCAGGUGGGACAAAGAAUGGUAGCUCAUUUAUCAUUCCUACCACACAUCUUGGCUUUUUCUGUCGGCCUCCGGCUGCUUUGGAUUCUAUCCCACCUGUUAAUGAUUCACUUAUUCAUUCUCAUCAAAUGACGGUAGCCCGAUGCUUGGUCAACCGAAAACUUAAUCUGCUUCGUAUCGUAUCCUCCUACGACCACCUAGUUCCUAUUAGCCUACCUUUGCUUUUUUCGGCUUCCUCAAUCGGCUGUGAAAUCGACUCCCGUCUUUCCGAUGCUGGUAGUACAGCUCCUGGUGAUUCGGUUGUAAUUCCUCAUGAAGCUGAUGGCGAGCCCUUGAUCUCACGUGACGAUGCUCUGCAGACUACUGGAGAACCAGUUAACUGCCGGGAUUUCAAUUGGUCCCUCUUGACACAUCCUACAUAUCGGGCCACUCACUUCAUCAUCGCUAUGGUGCUAUCUGAGCUGAAGCUAUGUUUAGACACUAGUGAUCAAUUGCUGCAGAACCAAGCCAUGCUGCUUGUCUGGCAUCUACUCUGCAGCCAUGAGUGUGAUCCUCGCCUAACAGGCGCUGAUUCCACCCUUCUGCAACUCCAACCACCAGCGGGUCGAACUCAAAUGAUUAAACCAUUUGCACUUCAGUUAGGUCGUAACUUGAAGUGUAUUCCAAAGGCACAAUCUGAAAAGAGGCCACGGAGCUCAUGGUCUGUCAACUCACCAAACGCACUUUCCCUGGUCGCUCAACUUUAUCUACCAUUGCUUGAUAUAGUUUGUGAUCUGGCACCCAGCAUCUGUGAUACCUGGGCCGCAAAGCGAAUUCCACGCUGUCCUUAUCACCACCAAUCACAGCACCAUAAUCGGUGCACUCCUUAUCAUAACCAAAAUCAAGUUCACCAGGUCCCGACUGAUCCAUCUUAUUUAUCUUCUGGAGUUUGUACAGAUAUUGGGUCCUGUUCUGGCAACUCUAUUACUGUACCCUCUGCAUCCGGACAAACGAAUUUUCACCAAUCUAUGCCUGGGCAGGAUCCGGCCAGCAUCGGCAUACAUGCUUCUGCGACAACCACCUCAAUGUCCACCACCGUAAUGGGCCUAGGUCUUGCUAAACGUCUACCAUGGUAA